AGCGCACACGCACGACGAUUAUUAAUUAUUUAUUGUUCCUAAUAGCCGUACCCCGACGAGUCGGACUCGUCGCUCCUCCCAUAGGAGUGAGUAUUCAUCAUCCAUGGAGACGGCGGCGGCGGCGAUGGACCACCGCGCGGCGCCGUCGCUGUCGGCGGAGGAGAAGCGGCGGAUCGAGCGGGUGGCGCGGUGCGUGGCGCGGGACCGGGACGGGGACCUCACCGAGAAGCUGCUGCUGCGCCUGCUCAGCAUCACGCGCAACGGGCGGCGCUGGGGUUUCCUCGCGCCGGACCACCCGCUCCACCCCUACUACCUCCAGCAGAAGGUCUCCGAGCGCUGCCGCAUCCUCCGCCCGCGCCCCGCCGCCGCCGAUCGCUGAUUCAAUUCCAUCCCAUCCGAUCCGAUCCGCCCGCUCUCUACUACUAGCAUUCAUUGGCACCCUGCACCCAGGAUGCGCGCCGCACCACCAGAUUUAAUUUGCCUCUGCUUCUCCCUUUUUUUUGUUAAUUUUUUAUUAUGUGAAUAUGAAUAUUUGUGCACAGCGUCUUGGAUUAAUUAAUUAAUUGUUGGGAUCAUACUAGG